GCCAGGGCCAUCACAUUCGUGAAGAAGCACGCGCGUCUGCUCGCGGAUCCGCCAGAUCCAGUCCUUCUCAGCCCCGCCGCCCACCGCCCGCCAUGUUCCUCCGGUCACUCUACGGCUCGCGCAUGCCUCAGGCGCUCCACCCUCGCGUGGACCCGCAGGCCUCCAACUACUGGGAGGAAGACACCGCCAGCUCACGGGAGAUCGCGCGCGCCAUGGAAGAGGCUGACGCCGCCGACGCUGCGCCCGAGGACGAAGGCCAGAAGAAGAAGAACAGCGUCCUGGCCGCGGCGCUGACUGGAGACGAGCACUCCAGCCGCCGGCUCUCGAUCCCGACGCUGUCGUCUCGACUAGCGGCGCUGCUGGGGCCUGACGGCAUGGCGCUGGAGGACGUGGAGGGUCUGCGAGUGGAGGACAUGGGUUCCUCGCCGCUCAACGCGCAGCUGUCGCCCGCCGGCCUCAUCUCAAUCGCUGCCGCCGACAUCGACGAGGCGGCGACCAACAACUCGCAGAAUGUGCCGCCGGUCAACGGAGAACUCGACUUGGCGUUCAUCCGCUCGCUGCGUCAAGCGUCGACGGACGCCGACUUUUCAGAAGUGGGCCCACGCAGCCCCUCGCAUGUGGUGAAUGCAGCGCUUAGCCAGCUCCUAGGUUCACUACCCUCGGCAGGCGCACCUACUUCUGAGGGACCCUCCUCUGCGGAUGUUGAAGCGGUGGAGGAUGAGAAUAAGCUCUUCUCACUGAUCCGUCGUCACUUGAAGAUGCUCGGAUCCAAUUCGUCCGCACCUGCAGAUGAGAGCGAGGACAACGCGGCCGAGGGACAGAGCAAGCUGCGCUUCCUGUCGUUACUUCGUCGUAUUAACGAGCUACGAUCUCAGCAAGUUGAUACCGAGAGCUGGGAUGGCCUGCCGUACCCGCAGAUCAUUGCUCUGCCGACGUUCAAGUACCAGUUCCGUGAGCGCCACGACGAUGAAAAUCAAACGGAAGAGGACAGCGAGGUUAAUAAUACGGUGUGUGCGGUGUGCUGUGACGAGUUCGAAGCGGAGGAAGAGGUGCGCGCGCUCCCGUGCCUGCACUUCUACCACCGGGAAUGCAUCGACCAGUGGCUCAUGUACCACCGCCAAUGCCCGAUCUGCAAACACGUCGUUGCGGUCUAUUAG